CUCAACGAAUGUCGACCGUGGUGGAAGUGAGAUCUUGGAACCGGUGCCAACUUGAAUCAAUUGUCCUGCAACAAAGAGUGAAAUAUUUUCCAAUUGCAAAAAAGAAAACCGAACGAGUUAAUUUUUUAAUCGCAAUUCAUAAAUUUUACGGUGCCUGACUUGUGUGACAUCCCAGUGUAGAAACAAGCGAUCAUUUCUCGACGCGAGUUUGCAUGAUUUAUAUGACCCAGACGCUCUGGGAUGAAAGUGCCUAUACGGUUCCGAGAGUGAAUACUAGUGUAGAAGCAAGAAUAACACUCGCGAGAUUAAAAUAAAUUAGCGACAGGAAAAGCGCACAGACGAAGCUCUGGAAAUGUUCGUAUGUAGCUCACGGCAGUCGACACGAUGUGAAUGAAUACAAGUGAAAGGCAGUUAGGUCGUUUGGAAUAGAUGUGUUUAUUAAUGUGAAAUAAUUUCGGAACAAGUUAUUGAGAAGAAGUAUUUCCGACAGAAAAACAAAAAAACAACGAGUAUUACUUCAAGUGCUAAAUAAUUUGAAGAGUUAUCAUCUUCGAAAAGUUCAUACCAUCAGUGUUUCAUUUCGCAACGAGUGCUAAUUCCACCGAAUAUGGUAAUCAACCGGUCAAGCCCAUCGGUGGCGACACUCAGAUCGCAGUUCCUGUUUCCACGACGUAAUGAGAUGUCCGAUCUGACGGAACCGGGUAGCACCGUCACAGGCAGCUUAAGUCCACCCACGCCACCAGCACGCGUUGGCCAGGCUCUGUUCAACACAAAUGCAUCAGCAGCAGCAGCGGUAGCCGGUAGUGCUACGGGAACGACAUCCGCAAUGGCUGCCACCGCACAAGAGCUCCUGAACAGUAGCAGUAGCUCCAGCAGUAAAAGCUCGAAAGUGUCCUCCUCGUCCAGCACCACCACCUCUCGAAUGGCCAAGACGUCUUCGACACAACGGCUCCAGCACAUGUCCUCCUCCCUUACGUCGUCUUCCACCUCGUCGGCAUCAUCUUCGUCGGCAGCAGCAGUCAAACAAGGACUGGGCGAGAUGCAGAGCUCGAUGGCGGAAAUGAAAAAUAUGAUGGGACACUCCAGUGCAUCGCAGAUUUCUACCUCAUCGUCGUCCACGAUGUCGUCCUCUUCGAGCCAGUUGAAAAAACUAGCCAUCACAAACAGUUCCUCCAAUUUGGGCGAACUUCAGAAGAGACUUCGUUCCUCCAUGGACAGCCUCGACGACCCGACAACGGACUAUCAGGUGACCCAUCCGGAUUCGGACGGUGAAAUGAACUCUAUGCUUACGAUGAAACCGACGGGAACCGUCCAGAACGGACACAUGAUGAACGGAGCGGUCGAUACGGUGAAGUACGAACAGAAACAGAUGACAUCGGAAUCAAAGACGAAGGUAGUGACCGAUGGAUUUAGCAGUGAGCAGGCAACGCUGAAUUCGGCACAGAUGAAAAAAUUGCAUGCCGGUGAUGUGCAAUACCAGGAGGAAGCGGCCCUGGCAGCGAUGAGUAAUAAAAUGGAAGUGGAUGGUUUGAAAACCGAAGAAAAAGGCGCACUUUUGAAGGAGGCGCGCUCUCUGAAGAUGGGUGAUUUCCAGCAAGCUGAAGCGAAUAACAUUGCGGCUCACAGCGUAAAAGUGCAGAGUGAUCAUUUCAGUGCUGAGAAGAAAGCAGUGGCGCAAGCACAGCAGCGACAAACGGUGUCAUCGACUGGAAUUUUUAAUCAGGAAAAGCACAUGUCGGCUGCCACACAAUCCAAAUUCACCUCCCACAGUAUGGUCACGUCGUCCUCCCAGAUGAGCACCCAUUCUACUUCAAUGAACGGUACCGUCAACAUGGGUGAUGAUUUCCCAUCCUUCGAAGAUCUGGAACGAUUGGGAAACAAUCCGGCCGACGUCGAGAAUACGAUCCACAAAUACUCCAAUCAUCUGACGUCCUAUGUGGAAAAUCUACAGCAUUCAGAGCAACUGAAGAAGGCACCAACUCUUCUCAACACGAUGAAUGAAAUUAUACGAAGAGCUUGGGCUGUACCAACUCAUGGCCAUGAAUUGGGAGCUAGCCUUUGUGAAACACUACGAAAAACGGGAGGAUUGGAUAUUCUAAUGAAAAACUGUAUUGACAGUGACUCGGACGUACAAUUUUCAUCGGCCCGGUUGCUGGAGCAGUGUUUGACAACCGAGAACCGAUCACACGUGGUUAAGAAUGGACUAGACAAAGUAGUCAACGUGGCUUGUGUAUGCACCAGGAACAACGCAACCGAUCAUUCGCGGGUUGGCACUGGUAUCCUGGAACAUCUGUUCAAACACAGCGAAGAUACGUGCUCCAAUGUAAUUCGGCUGGGUGGUCUGGACGCGGUCCUAUUCGAAUGUAGGAAAAACGACGUAGAAACAUUGCGACAUUGUGCCGGUGCACUAGCGAAUCUAUCGCUGUACGGAGGAGCCGAGAAUCAGGAAGCGAUGAUCAAUCGAAAAGUACCAUCCUGGUUGUUCCCGUUGGCUUUCCAUCACGACGAAAACAUCAAAUACUACGCCUGCCUUGCCAUCGUAGUGUUGGUAGCAAACAAAGAAAUCGAAGCAGAGGUCAUCAAAUCCGGAACGUUGAAUUUGGUGGAACCAUUCGUAACGUCCCACAAUCCGUCCGAGUUUGCCAAAUCUAAUCUAGCACAUGCGCAUGGUCAAAGUAAACACUGGUUGCAAAGAUUGGUACCGGUGCUGAGUUCAAAACGUGAAGAAGCUCGUAACCUUGCCGCAUUUCACUUUUGCAUGGAGGCUGGUAUCAAAAAAGAGCAGGGAAACACAAACAUAUUCAAAGAGAUUGGAGCAAUCGAACCACUUAUUAGAGUUGCCAGCUCACCGAACGCAAUCGCAUCGAAGUUUGCGGCACAAGCCCUGCGCCUGAUUGGUGAAGAAGUUCCUCACAAACUAUCACAACAGGUACCGUUGUGGUCCACGGAGGACGUACGAGAGUGGGUGAAACAAAUUGGAUUUUCCGAAUAUGAGCAUAAUUUCUUUGACUCAAAAGUUGAUGGAGAUUUGCUGCUGCAACUGGGUGAAGACAACCUACAGGAAGACAUCGGAAUUACCAACGGAAUACGGAGGAAACGGUUUGAACGUGAACUGCAAAAUCUGAAACGGAUGGCUGAUUAUAGCUCACGUGAUCCAGACAAUCUGCAUACGUUCUUGUACAAAAUUGCACCGGAAUACACGAUCUACACGUACUCGAUGUUGAAUGCCGGGGUAGACUUAGAAUCGAUCAAAAAUCUAGACGACGAUCAGCUCGUGGCGGAAUGCGGUAUUAGAAACUCUAUUCACAGAACCCGGAUAAUGAACGCAAUCAAGAGCAACGAAACGAUAUCGUCCCUUACAUCGGAAAAGAACACCGAGAAAAACCUCGACGUGUUCGUUAGCUAUCGGCGCAGCAACGGGUCACAGUUGGCCAGUUUGUUGAAGGUACAUCUGGAGUUGCGUGGUUUUUCGGUAUUUAUCGAUGUGGAGCGAUUGGAGGCGGGCAAAUUCGACAACAAUCUGUUGCAGAGCAUACGGCACGCGAAACAUUUUCUGCUGGUGCUGACACAGGACGCCCUGGAACGGUGCGUCGACGACGUGGAUGGCAAGGAUUGGGUGCACCGGGAAAUCGUUGCAGCUCUCAACUCCGACUGUAACAUCAUCCCCAUCAUCGACAAUUUUCAGUGGCCGGAGCCGGAGCGUCUACCGGAAGAUAUGCGCGGUGUUUGUCAUUUCAAUGGUGUUCGGUGGAUUCACGACUACCAGGAUGCGUGCGUGGACAAACUAGAAAGAUUCAUGCGAGCUGAAACCAACACCAGAGGUAGUCCGGCUGAUCACUUCCGUAGCUUACUGAAUCGCCCGGCCGGUGAUUCAACGCCCACGACACCGACUAUCUACCAACGCAUGCACAGCAACGAUUCCGGUAAAAGCAGCGACAAAGAUAACCGUAACUACGAAUGACUAGAUAAUCCUUCAGUUGGCUCCAAUGGCAAUCCGUUACAGUCGGCUAGUGGUUGUGGGUCUAAUCCUUCGCUCACGCAUCCCCGAUACUAUUCCAGUUUAGCGAAUCGCUACCGUAAGUCGUCGAGUCCUGCUCGACAGUGGCUCAAUGGUGUCGGUAAUUACGCUACAACGGGACGAUCUUCUCGACU